CCCGGAAAACCGAAAACACGUGUUGAGAAUCGUGAGACUAAAAGUAGUUGGGAAUUAGGAGUUAGGACCCCUGCCCAGCCUGCCGCCGCCGCCGUCUCUCUCCCGUCGUCCCCGCCUGCUCUCCUGCUGCUGCGCUUACAUUCCCGUCCAUCAUAGCGUGUUUGUUAGUCUCCCUUAUGCCCGGUAGCACUCAACUCGAUCUCUACAAAGUCUUUUCAGUUUCUCGCUCCAUUUUCAGUCACGUUUUAUUUCUGUAGAGAUCUUCGGUAAACUAACAAAAUGCGACCAUCCAUUGUUGAUCCCUAAUUCUGAGCUUCAUCUCACUCACUGUCCAGUGGAGUCACGCAGUUCGUAAUUCGAUUGACUAGACUCGUAAGAAUUUGCACUCGCCCACAACUCACUCCCAGUUUAUUUGGAAGGAAGCAGCGAUUAGGAAAGCUUUUUUAUUGCCAUGACGACAGCUCCAAUUCAACUCGACACAUACAAGUUGGGAUUCAUCGGUGCCGGGAAAAUGGCAGAGAGCAUCGCUAGAGGAAUAGUACAGUCAGGUGUCCUCCACCCUUCCCGCAUUUCUACUGCCCACUCAAACCCUGUUCGCCGCUCUGCCUUUGAGUCGUUUGGCGUGAAAGUUUUCUCUCAGAACCAACAAGUGGUUGAAGAUAGUGAUGUGGUGAUUUUUUCUGUAAAGCCUCAAGUUGUUAAGGACGUGGUGUUGCAGUUGCAGCCCCUGCUAUCGAAGAAAAAGCUUUUGGUCUCGGUUGCUGCUGGUGUCAAACUAAAAGAUUUGCAGACAUGGGCAGGUAGUGAAAGAUUUAUUAGGGUGAUGCCUAACACUCCUGCUGCAGUGGGAGAGGCAGCAACAGGUAUUGUUUUCCAUAACAUGCAGUUUGGGUUUUGGGACUGCAAUAUGACAUCUAAGCAAUAUUAUUUAAAUGUACUUGUAUUUGGUCUAGUGAUGAGUUUGGGUGGAGCUGCGACUGAGGCAGAUGGGGAACUGAUAUCAAAGUUAUUUGGAUCUGUUGGCAAGAUAUGGAAAGCUGAUGAGAAGCUAUUUGAUGCAAUUACUGGGCUGAGUGGUAGUGGGCCGGCAUACAUAUAUAUAGCAAUAGAAGCUUUGGCUGAUGGAGGGGUUGCUGCUGGCCUGCCACGAGAGCUCGCACUCGGUCUAGCAUCUCAAACUGUGUUGGGGGCAGCAAGUAUGGUGUGUCAAAGUGGGAAGCAUCCAGGGCAGCUGAAGGACGAAGUGGCGUCACCAGGAGGAACAACCAUUGCGGGGAUACACGAGCUGGAGAAGGACGGAUUCAGGGGUUUGCUUAUGAAUGCUGUUGUUGCUGCUGCUAAGCGCAGCCGAGAAUUCUCCAAGUAGAGAAGGAAACCUCUGCAUCUUUCAAUAGCUCAUGCGGAAGUUAGUUAGCUCUAAGAAACUAGCCACUCCAGUCUUUACGGCAUCUCAGACUUCCUUUUGGCUAUCCUUCAUUGAGCGUUUACGUUUGGUGGGAGUGGGACAAGAAAGUUUGAUUUCUUCGUGAAGCUUAGAGAACAUUUGCAAUACAUUUGUUAGUCCAGAGCGUAUACCUAGCCGUAGGGUUGCAAACGAAUCGAGUUUUGCCUCACUUUAAACUCGGCUCGUUAAUAAAUAAGUCGAGCUUGUUUAUUAACAAGUCGAGUUCGAGUUAGAAUUGGAUACAUAUUAAUAGUCAAAUGUUCAACACUAAACAAUCCAAUUUUAUACUCUCCUGG